AUGUGUUACGACAAUACGUAUAACGUUCGUGAAGUCACGGUCUGGCCGUCAGAGCUACAGUCUAAAUAUGGUGACAUUUUUGAAGUUUAUGCUGGCUCAAAGCGUCAAGUCUGGCUAUGCAACGAGGAAUUGGCACGAAAAUUAAUAGAUCCAUUUGACCGAAACUUUCAUAACCUUAUUGGUGAAGAUUGCGAUAUUAGCGAGAUUGGAUUUCUUAACGUGGGUCUGGCGACUAACUUAAACUACGAUAGUUGGGCACGUCUUCGAAGAUUUUACGCAAAAACCAUCGCAUCUCCACUUUUUAUGAGGCAAGCAUUAAUUUACACACAAAAUGGAUUCCAGCGAAUGGAGUAUUAUUGGGAAAAACUCGGCGAAGACUCUGUGUUAGAAUUACCGCACUGGAUGAGAAGAUAUUUGAUGGAA